CAUUCCCCCCCCAGACAUGCGCCGGGACGUGCAGGAGAUCUUCCGCAUGACCCCCCACGAGAAGCAGGUGAUGAUGUUCAGCGCCACGCUCUCCAAGGACAUCCGUCCCGUCUGCCGAAAAUUCAUGCAAGACCCUAUGGAGAUCUUUGUGGACGACGAGACGAAGCUGACGCUGCACGGCCUGCAGCAGUACUACGUCAAGCUCAAGGACAACGAGAAGAACCGCAAGCUCUUCGACCUCCUCGACGUGCUCGAGUUCAACCAGGUGGUGAUCUUCGUCAAGUCGGUGCAGCGCUGCAUCGCCCUGGCGCAGCUCCUGGUGGAGCAGAACUUCCCGGCCAUCGCCAUCCACCGCGGCAUGCCGCAGGAGGAGCGGUUAUCCCGGUACCAGCAGUUCAAGGACUUCCAGCGCCGCAUCCUGGUGGCCACGAACCUGUUUGGGCGCGGGAUGGACAUCGAGAGGGUCAACAUCGCCUUCAACUACGACAUGCCCGAGGACUCGGACACCUACCUGCACCGGGUGGCGCGGGCGGGCCGGUUCGGCACCAAGGGCCUGGCCAUCACCUUCGUGUCGGACGAGAACGACGCCAAGAUCCUCAACGACGUCCAGGACCGCUUCGAGGUGAACAUCAGCGAGCUGCCCGACGAGAUCGACAUCUCCUCCUACAGUGAGCCUGGGGGGGGAAACGGGGAUUUUGGGGGGAAAACGGGGAAUUUGGGGAGAUUUGGGGGAAAAAUGGGGAAAUUUGGGGGAAAAAACGUGUAA